AUGUCCAACACUGAUUGCAAAAUUUUGCGUUACACGGACCUAUCUGAAAUAGAUCAAAAAAUCCAAGCCUCCAAGGAUUGCUUCUUCGACAAACAACUAAAACUGUCCCAUGAAAGUGACCCAAGAAAGAAAGAUCUACAGUUUAGGCAGCUCCAAUUGAAAAAGCUCUAUUAUGCCGUGAAAGACCACGAAGAGGAACUGAUUGAUGCCAUGUAUCAAGACUUUCACCGGACUAAGCUAGAAUCGGUUGCAAAUGAAACAACAAAACUUUUGAACGAUAUACUUCAUCUAAUAGAAAUUUUGCCUAAAAUGAUGAAGCCCAGAAAGGUGUCUGACUGUUCGCCUCCAUUCAUGUUCGGCAAAAUAAUUGUGGAAAAGAUCUCGAGGGGUAGUGUCUUGGUUAUUGCUCCAUUUAAUUUCCCUGUACUUUUAGCGUUAUCUCCCUUAGCUGCUGCUCUUUCUGCAGGUAAUGCCAUCGUUUUGAAACCCAGUGAAUUAACACCACGCACUGCCAUUACCAUGGAAAAAUUGUUAACAACUGCAGGUUUUCCACGCGGAUUAAUUGAGGUAGUUCAGGGUGGUAAAGACGAAACUACGAGGUUGCUAGAUUGUGGAAAAUUUGACAUGAUCUUUUAUACAGGUUCUCCCCGUGUCGGUUCAAUAGUCGCUGAAAAAGCUGGAAAAAGCUUAACUCCUUGUGUACUCGAAUUGGGCGGUAAAUCACCGACCUUUAUUACCGAAAAUUUCAAAGCCAGUAACAUAAAGACUGCUAUAAAGAGGAUUUUCUGCGGUGCCUUUGGAAAUUCUGGGCAAAUUUGCGUUUCCCCAGAUUAUUUGUUAGUUCACAAAUCUAUGUAUCUAGAAGUCGUUAAGGAGUGCGAGUCUGUAUUGAAUGAAUUCUAUCCAGAUUUCAGUACUGAGACAGAUUUCACUCGCAUGAUUCACAAAGACGCUUAUGAAAAUACUAUGGAGAAAUUGAACUCAACAAGAGGAACCAAGAUUUCACCAGUGAAAAGUUCUAUUGGCUCAGAUGCCGCAAGCUUACAUGUUGUACCACCUACUGUAGUUUACGACAUUGAUUGGAAUGACCCUUUGAUGAAACAGGAAAAUUUUGCACCUGUUCUACCUAUUAUCGAGUACGACAAUCUUGAUGAGACAAUUAACGAGAUAUUGAAAAAGCAUGACACUCCAUUAGUUCAAUACAUAUUCUCUGAUAAUCAAACGGAAAUCAACCAUAUCUUGACACGCUUGAGGUCUGGUGGUUGUGUUAUCGGUGAUACCGUAGUUCAUGUAGCUAUUACUGACGCUCCGUUUGGUGGAAUAGGCAAUUCCGGUUAUGGUAAGUAUGGUGGAUUUCAUGGAUUUGAUGCUUUUAGCCACGAAAGAACAAUUUUUAACCAGCCAUAUUGGAAUGACUUUACUCUCUCUAUGAGAUAUCCUCCAAACAAUGAAAGAAAAGAGAAAUUACUUCGUUUUGCCUUGGAAAGAAAACCUUGGUUUGAUAGAAAUGGUGACAACAAAUGGGGGCUUCGCCAAUAUCUCUCUCUGUCAGCCCUAGUAGUGCUAAUUAGUGGCAUUUGCGCUUGCUGCUCUUCACUAUUUUGA